AUGGCGCCUCCACCAAUCAAGCACAAAGCCUUGCUGAAUGUCGAUCUGGGUGAAGGGUACGGCAACUAUGUCUGCGGCCCAGACUUGGAGUUGCUUCCGUUGAUAGACCAUGCGAAUGUCGCAUGUGGGUUUCAUGCGGGCGACCCCUUGAUUAUGCAGGAGACUGUCAGGAACUGUAAAAAGCACAAUAUCAAAGUCGGGGCACACCCCGGGCUUCCGGAUAUACAAGGUUUUGGUCGACGCGAGAUCAAAUUGUCUCCCGAGGAACUGACAGCCAUCACUGUGUACCAAGUUGGCGCAUUGAAGGGUUUCCUCGAUCAGGAAGGCGUCCCCUUGCAUCACGUCAAACCCCACGGUAUCUUGUACGGAAUGAUGUGUCGUGACUAUGAAAUCGCCAAAGCGGUCAUGGAAGGGAUUCCCAAAGGCGUCCCUGUCUUUGGUCUUGCAGGCACGAACAUGGAGAAGGCGGCUAACGAUCUCGGUAUCCCCUUCUGGGCGGAGAUGUAUGGAGACGUGAAAUACAGCAACGACGGCAUGCUCGUUAUCGACCGGAAGAAGAAGCCGUGGAAUCUUGAAGAUGUCAGGAAGCACGUCAGUCAACAGCUCAACUCACAAUCCGUUACUGCAACAGAUGGGAGUGUCGUCCAGUUACCAGUGAAGGACUACCCGAUAUCCAUUUGCUGCCAUUCGGACUCUCCUGGCUGCCUUGGAAUCAUCAAGACCACAAAGGAAGUGAUUGAUGAGUUCAACAAGGAACAUGGAAGGAUAUGA